AGAAGCAUCCUAGCGGCUAGCAACUUAGCAAGUAACAAGUAGACACUGUCAACGAUACCGAUUUACGAUUACGGAAUUAGGGAUAUACAACAAAGAUUUGAUAUUACUUCUAGACAUUAAGACAAUUUAAAUAAGUAAUGGAGCCUGACACUAACAAAAGUAAAGCUCUUUCUAGAAAUGAGACGAAGGGCCUUCUCUCAUUAAUUGAGGAAAGUAAAAUUGUAAAUAAUAAGAAGACAAACGCCACCAGCAACAAAUUAAAGCUUCAAGAAUGGGAACGAAUCACCAAGACCUUUAAUGCCUCGAUGGCAACCUGUCCCCGUACGCCUCAACAAUUGCGUUUAAAAUGGGAAAAUUUAAAGAAGAACUCACGAAAGCGCACUCAAUUACGAAUGGAACAGAUGAAGACCGGUGAGGGUCCUCCAGAUUACUUUGCAUCUGAUGAAAUCCUGGAUCGAGUAGCAGCCUUAUUAGGCUGCACUAGCGAGGGACCAAAAGAAAUUGGUGGUGAUGAAAGCCACAAAAUGACUGGUGACUGGAUGAGUUUAGGUGAUGGAGUUGCUGUUGAUUGUGAAGUUGGUGUAAGUGAGGGGUCUGUUUUGGAUGGAAGUGUUAGUGGAAGUUUAACUAAAGAUGACAAUGGGGUAAGGGUAAGAAAUGUUGCCAUAGCAGAGUAUUUCAAUACAAAAAAGAAGUUUAUAGAAUCUAAGUUAGAGAAUAUUAUGUUACAAAAUGUUAAGUUAAAAUUAGAGAUUAAGAAGCUUAAGGGGAAAGAUGUAUAACUUUAGAAUUAGAACAAAAAUGUAAAUACUAAUUUUAAUUAUUUGUUAUGUAGUAAUAUGUUAGUUUUGUUUUGUUAAAAGAUAUUUUAGCUGAAAUAAAUUACUUAAUAGUAUGUAUAAAUAUUUAAUAAGUAAUUUAAAAUUAAAUCUUUUCUAUUUCUGGUAUCACUUACUACCAUCAUUUCGCAAUAAUCCUCAAGUUAUUCGACUUCCUUCAGGGAUGACAACUUAAGGUGGGACUUCCUCAAUAUUAUAAUUUCAACAUAAUAUAUAAAGUAAGAAUUAUUCGUCCUUCAGGACAGCUGUUGCAGCUUGUAUAUUGCACAAUGAUAAUCACAUAGUAAGUGAAAUAACAAGUCAAUGUUGCAAGAACUGCUGCUUGGGCCUACAAGUUAAUAAUCACAAUCGUCUACCUGUUAGUCAUUAUUUUUGUAUGUAUGUAGUACAUAGUAAGUCAUGUAGAAGCUGACUCAUGGAAAAUGAACUAAAUAAAACAAUAAGGCAAAGUAUGUUUAUUGGGGAUUCAACAUGUCCUAGUAUAAUCAUAUUUCAUUGAUUUUGCAUUAAUCUAAUAAAAAAAAUAAUUGUGUAAGAAAUAGUGGAAGUCAAACACACAAUUCUUCUACAUAAUUUGACAAAUGCCCAUCCAAAUUUAGUUAUCUGUUCUUUGGUUGUCUAGUAUUAUAAUAAUACAAACUCAUAAAACAAAUUUCCAGCCAGUCAGUGAAUCAAAUGGUUGUUGAUAAUAUGUUAGGUCAGACUAAGCGCACAAUAUAAUACUUCCACAAAUAUCCCAAAAUAUACUACAAAAAAAAUGUUGAGAACUUGCUAACAGCUUAAUUUGAGUCGACCAUUUUUACUGAAAACAGUGAACAAUCUAGGAAGACAAAUGCCAUUUAAUAUGCAAAUGUUUUAAGAAUAGCUAAGUCAAAACAGUAGGGAUCCUUGUGAUGCAAAUGAAGACAGUUGCACUUGCUUUGGGAAUUACACUUGCAGAUUGGUUGUUCAUUAUUAAUUAGUUAUAUGUAUUUACAACUUAAGACCUUAUGUUUAAGCUUACUAUAAACGAAAUUAACGUAGCUACUCAAUGUAAUGUCUAUCUUAUAAUAAACUACUUUCGUGCCACUUUGCAAAUAAUAUUGACGCAACAUUAUUUUAAUGCGUGAUAGUCCGACUUGAAACCGCGAUUCAUGUGGUAUCAAAUUAUUUCAGUUUUAUU